AUGUACCAAAGCCAGUUUCUGGAACUUCGGCAAAGACUACUGUAUGCUGAAAAGGAAAAUAAGAAAAGAUCGCACGAACUGAGCAGUGCCCUAGAUGAAAUCAAACGUGUAGUUGCAAGAAGAAUGAACUCGACGAGAAAUCAUACAGAUGAUACGAAGUGGAAAGUGUUAAACCUCACCAGAAAACUGCCCAUGCAUCUUACAAACAUGUACUACUAUCUACCUCACCUUCGAGAAUAUGAAGAUGCCAUUUUUCCAAAUGUUAUUUUUGGGCAACAGAGAACUGGAGUCUCACUGGUGAUGGGUAUUCCUACUGUGAAAAGGGAAAAACAACAUUAUCUGAUCAAUACGCUGCAUUCCCUGUUGUAUGAACUUCCCGAAGACCAAAAGAAUGACUGCGUAAUAAUCAUCUUUGUAGCAGAGGUGAGUGCAGAAUAUGUUAACAGCGUUGCAGAAAGUGUUAAAACCAGUUUCCCCCAAGAAAUCCAGUCUGGAGUCCUAGAGGUUAUUUCUCCACCUGCUUCUUAUUAUCCAGAUCUUUCCAACCUGAAGAAAACAUUUGGGGAUUCGGAGGACAGAGUAAGGUGGAGAACUAAACAGAAUUUGGAUUAUAGCUUUUUAAUGCUAUAUGCCCAACAUAAGGGAACAUUUUAUUUACAGCUGGAAGAUGAUAUCGUAGCCAAACCUGAUUAUAUUCAAAGUAUAAAAAACUUUGCUGCUAAACAGUCCCAAGAGUGGAUGAUUCUCGAGUUCUCCCAGCUUGGAUUUAUUGGAAAAUUGUUUAAAUCAGAAGACCUGCCACUCAUAGUGGAAUUUUUUCUCAUGUUCUAUAAAGAUAAGCCUAUAGACUGGCUUAUAGACCACCUGCUCUGGGUUAAAGUGUGCAAUCCAGAAAAGGAUGCGAUACACUGUGAAAAUGAAAAGGCAAAGUUACGUAUCCGUGCUAAACCAUCUCUCUUUCAGCAUGUGGGAAUUUAUUCAUCAUUGGCUGGGAAGAUACAGAAUUUGAAAGAUAAAGAUUUUGGCAAAAAUGUGCUACAUAAAGCACAUAAUAAUCCACCUGCAAAUGUGUAUACAAGCCUAAGAAUUUACCAGCAAUACACCUUGGAAAAUGUUUAUAAAGGAAAAGACUGUUUUUGGGCUUCAGCUCCAGUAGCAGGGGACUACAUCAAGUUCACCUUUUUGAAUCCACUAAAAGUUGAAAAGUACUUCUUCAGAAGCGGAAACAUGGAGCACCCUGGUGAUAAACUGUUUAACACUACUGUGGAAGUGUUGCCAGCUGAUGAAAUGCUAAGAAAAGAACUGAUUGACCAUGGAAGUAAACUUAACUACCCGGCAACCAAAGAUGGAUAUUUAAAAAUAGGGGCUUUUGAAAAUGGAAUUGCAGAAGGCACUAUCAAUCAGUCAAUAGGAAAAAUACAGGCUAUUCGUUUAUCGGUCAAUUCUGAUUCUCCUGUCUGGGCAAUACUUAGUGAGGUACUUAUCAAGACAUCUGAAAACUGA